AUGGCUGAAAUUGACAACUAUGAGGACAGUAGUGCCCAGGCUACUGAUGAUGUUGAGUCUAGUGAAGAAAACCCUGACAGUGGAGAUGAAGAGAGUAGUAGAGAUAACCGAGAUACUGGAGUUGAGGAUGAUGAUCCCCCGUCCUUGCCAACUUGUGCAAGAGAGAUCUCUGCAAUAGUCGAUGAAGAUCUUAUUGCAGUUGAUGAGUACUUUGCAGAAGAAGUUAAUGAACAAGAUGAAAAAAGAGAAGAGGAGAAACUGGAAGAGAACGAAGAAGAAAUUGAAGAGAAGUUGGAAGAUAAAAAACAAGAAGAAAAAAGAAGAGAGGAAGAAGAAAAAGAACAGGAGAAGCAGGAAGAGAAAGUAGAUGAAGGCUUGGCAGAAGAGGGAAAAGAAGGCAGUGAUGAAAAUUUAGUGGACGUGAUGGGUAUUGUUAUGGAGCUCAAUGGCGAGCUAAAUGGUGAUGAGUAA